CUCCGCCUUGUGAGACGCCUUUUGUAGGAUAAAACCGUGAGGCCAAGGGGGCCAGAGCGGACAAUACCUCACAAGGAUGUGAACCGUGGCAGAAGGUUGAUCUGGGACGCCGAAAGGGUGAAUGCUCGGGUCCCGGAGCCGUGCGGGUUCGAAGCUUGAGUCUCGACCCGUGACACAAGCACCAUCCUCUCUUUCAACAGAGCAAUAGAGAGACUUCCUGUAUGACCUUAGAAGCAAUAAUUUUGUAUACCCUUUAUAUCAUGAGAUGCAUGUUCGUACACUUCGUAUCAAGAUGCACAUGCUUAGUAUAAAGGAUAAAAUGAAAGGGUACAGCACGGCAAUGCGCGGCAACCAUCUCUAUACCAUACAUUUAUGCUUACUUGGACCGAGCUGAGCUCAACAUCCCUUGGCUACCUGUCAUGUCAACCAUUUAAUGCUUCCAUCCAAACUCAAUGUCUCUUUUUUCUAUUCUACUGCUAUAAAACCCUUUCUUUUAACUACUCCUUUCACCAUCCAAACCAUACUUGAUACUUCUCCAUUUCAGAUUCUAUGCAAACUUCUUUUCCCUCCAUCUAUUUCCUGUAUAGAUUGGCAUAUUACUAUUGAUUUCCUUGGAAAACAAUGAAGGGGAAGUUUCUAAAGGCAUGCCUUACAAAAUGGAGGAAGAUGGGGAGUAGAAUCAUACCUUGUGGCAGCUGCAAAUACUGUUAUCAGUGGGCAAAUUGGCCUGAUUCCAUGCAUGAAGAGAGGUCAAUCCCAAGGGAUGUGCCCAACGGUCACUUGGCAGUGUAUGUGGGUGAAAACAAUAGGAGGUUUGUGAUUAAAAUCACCUUGCUCAAGCACCCACUUUUCAAGGCAUUGCUGGAUCAAGCUCAGGAUGAAUAUGAUUUUACCACUGACUCCAAACUAUGCAUUCCUUGUGAUGAAAGCCUCUUCCUCGAUGUUGUUCGUUGUACUAGCUCCCCACAAGAUCGAAGGCUCUCCCAGUUUCUUUAGGAAUUCAUGCUAGGAAUUUGAUUCAUAUUCACGAGGUCCGAGUCCUAAUGAGAAUGCUACUAUGCAGUAUACUGAGUAGAUUUUUAUAACAAAUUCUGUAGCCUAUUAAUGUAACUCAAUUGAAAAAUAUUAACUUCUGUUUUCCCUCGAAAGUUCUGUUUCUAAGGGCAUCAACUGCUCAAGCCAAGCAAUAGAAAGCGCUUUGCCAAAGCAGAACCCAAUUACACAGUACCAUGCCAGAUCAGCACUGAACAAGAAGCUGGACCAAACCCCACCUCCUGACAACAUCGUGACAGUUUCCAGCUCUGGCAUCUACCUUAUCUUUGAAACUUAAAGCAAUAAUAAAAGCUACUUAAAAAAAAA